AUGCAAGGAUCACUCAGCUUCGGUAAAGAGGUAGUUGAUACAUUAUCACAUUACAUGCGGAGAAACGCCGGCAAUGUGGUAGCGAGGCGACGGUCGAUACCGUUCUCUAAAGAAACCGAUGUCAUUUACAUCAUUAUAAAAUCUGCAUACUUAUGCCGAGACCUAGACUUUUGUGAGGGUAAAUUAGAGCAAUUCUUAAAUGAAUACAUUAUGGUGCAAACGAAAUCAAUAGAAGCCAUUUUUGAAGGAAUCGUGAACCAAAAUCAACUGCUUGACCAAGACGCAAAAACGGAACAGCGGUUGGUUUUCGAAGAAGAUUUAAAGAAAUGUUUACGUGAAAUAAGGAGAGUAUUAAGACAAGCGAAUAUGAAAAUGAGAGACGAAAGUAUUACUUAUUUGUGGAUUGAAGUUAUUAAAAAGAUAAGUGUUAUGUUUCAAACAGCAGCAAUUUUAUUUGCUGCGGAAAGACUUGAAGGUAAGCCUGACGAGAUAAUGGAGGUGAAGAAGAAACUGACCCAGAAACUUGUCAUCGCCACUACUAUAGUUGAAGGGAAGUAUGAGAGCAAGCUCUGUUCAGAAUACGACAUCUGUAUCAAAGCUUAUGAAGUAACGAAGGCAUUGAACACUCUACUAGGGGCUUUAAGAGACAUGGAAGAGGAAAAUGUGAAAAUAUUCAUUCGAUAUGUUUCAGAAGCUUUGCUAGAAACGAAUUUAUAUUCUCAUUUAUCCGAAGUAACCUCUAAUGAGCUUCAAAUCAUCCUGAACGAUAUGGCAUACUCCGAAAACGUAUCAGCAAAAACUGUAUUGUCGUCGAUACAAAAAGCUGUAGAAGACAGAUUAAAUGCAUUGAACUUGAAGACACAUAUGGUAAACGGAAGAGACGUGGAGUUAGUCCAUGUAAUAUUGUCAGAUAUGGACCAUGUGUACGGGAAAAGCAGUAUUGAUCCAUUCCACGUAUUCAUGAGCAGUUUCUUUACCUGGGAAAGGACAAAAUCUCGGUUAAGCGGUCCUAUACGAAGUCUACUUAAAGAACUAACAAAUGAAAUAAAUGGCCUCCCCGACGAUUUAGGUUUCAAACUUAUCAACGAACACGCCGCCCCACCAGAACCAGGCCCGAGCGUACGGCGCGUAGCGUUCCGCGCGCGCCUCAAAGAGCCAAUAGACCACCACAGACGGGGCCCUAAAGGGCUGAUGUUUAGUCGGGGUUGCGGGGUAAGCGCAAUGAGGCACCGCGACCUCGGCCCAGAGCAGGAGAAGGAACAGCGGGUUUUUAGUCAGCUAUGCCUGUCUCGGCAGUUGCGCUCGCUGCCUGCAGCUGCAGGCGAGGGUGUUGGAGUAUUCGGGCCUCAUACGGGGCCCGAUGUGAUCGUGGCGUCGCUAGGAGCCGACUGGCCGGAAUGUGAGGGGUUUUAG